AUGGAAUCUCCGGAGUCGUCUGCCUCUGCUUCUGACUACUCCCAAACUCGUGCCGAGGAUGGGUCGAAUCUGCCAGAAGACUUGGAAAAACACACGCCUUCGCUGCCUGAACAUCAGCAGGGCCGGGAAAAAGACAUUGUCGUGUGGGAGCCAAGCGACCACGAAAACCCGCAUACGUGGAGUCUGAAGUACAAGUGGUUUGUGACAGUUGUGUUGAAUACCCUGCCGUUGUUUGUCAAUGUGGGAUCCAGCAUUCUCAGCGGUUCCGGGGAAGAGUUCAUGAAGGAGUACCAUGUCUCCGCCGAGGUGACCGUGCUGGUGACCAGUAUGUUCCUCUUGGGGUUCACCUUCGGUCCUCUCUUGUUUGGCCCUCUUUCGGAGCGGAUUGGUCGCAAAUUCCCCAUCAUUCUGGGCGUCACCCUGUUCUCCACGUUUUGCCUGCCUAUCGCCCUUGCGCAAAACUUUUAUACAAUUCUGAUCUCGCGCUUCUUUAGCGGACUGUUCGGUUCGGCUGCCAUGGCUGUGACUGGAGGUGCGGUGGCCGACAUCUGGCCGGAUCCCAUUACUCGGGGAGUUGGAAUGGACAUCUUCAUCGUGACGGGGUUUUUUGGACCUAUUCUGGGCCCUAUCGUGGGGAACUUUAUUACGCAGAGCUAUCUGGGAUGGCGCUGGGUGAUGUGGAUCACCUCUAUCGUUGCGUACAGCUUUACGAUCUUUGCAUUCUUUGCCAUCCCGGAAACGUAUGCUCCGGUUCUGUUGACGCGGAAAGCGGCUCGUCUGCGCCUGAGGACCAAGAAUUGGUCAUUACAUACUAAGCUGGAGGAACGAGAUACCGAUCUGAAGACUUUUGCGAAAGCGUACUUGGUUCGGCCGUGGUUACUAUUGGCAACGGAACCGAUUUACCUGGUGGUAACCAUUUACAUGGCCUUUGUCUAUGGUCUUCUUUUCCUCUUCUUUAACGGAUUUCCGAUCGCCUUCCACGAAGUUCGUGGGUGGGAACCGGAAAUCGCAGCUCUCCCCUUCCUGGGUCUGGCGAUUGGCGUCGUGAUCGCCGUGUGCUGCAUCAUAUACUACACCCUGACCGUCUACAAGCGUCAGGUGGAGUCCAAUCCGGGGGUGAUUGUGCCGGAGCGUCGUCUACCUCCGAUGAUGGUGGGCGCAGCACUCCUCCCUCUAGGCAUGUUCUGGGCGGCGUGGACUAGCCACGCUUCAACGCCAUGGCCUGCCCAAGUGACCGCGUAUAUUGUGGUGGGAGCCGCGCUCUUCAUAAUUUUCGUACAGGGCUUCAAGUAUCUGGUGGACGUGUAUCUGAAUGUCGCCAACAGUGCCAUCUCCGGGAACACCUUUGCCCGAAGCUUCUUCGGAGCGGGAUUUCCUUUGUUUUCGACAGCCCUGUAUCACCAUCUGGGGGUGCCGUGGGCGACGAGUCUGUUGGGAUUUAUCGCGCUGGCUCUCGCCCCAGUCCCAAUCCUAUUCUUUAUCUACGGCAAGAAAAUACGGUCAUUUUCAAAGAAUGCGCUGGCCGAUGCGUGA